UCAGCUCCCUGCCUGCUGCCCCGCUCAUUCUCAUUUUCAUGGUUCUUAGCAUGUUUAUUCUCUUCUUUCCAGUGGCCAAAGGACAAGUUUAAAUUUCUUAUUUCCUCUAGGGAGCCCGGAGAGAGGCAACCGGCACCAAAUACAGGAAGUCAUGUGGAGAGGAUCUCUUAUUUAUUACAGCUCCCAUAUUACUUCCCUUCCCCCAGCCUCCGCCCCCACCCCCAGGCAUACUGAGUCUCCAGCUCUUUCCUGCAGCAGAGAACAGGAGACAGUCCACCUCUGCUCCCUCGGGUCUGUGGGCGCCCCAAGGAUCUGGAGGCUGCUUCUGGGAAUCCCACCCUGUGUGGCUGUGUGACUGAAUGGGAGGCCCUUACAUUUCAUCUCACAUAGGAAGGCCCUAGGAAGGUCUCUGGGACCGGGUUCACUUUCAGGAGCCUGAACACCACAGAGGAGAAAGGCAAAACAACUCAAACUUGAAGAAAUGAAACAUCCAGGGAGAACCACAUUGUGCUUCGUGAUCCUUGUGAUUUAUUCUUCCCAAGUCACAGCGACCUGGAAUAUAGAGUCUACUGUUCCUCCUUUGAAUCUCCAGGAGCAUGAACUGGCAAGGGAGGAGCCACUGAGGCAGAAACGAGCGGUUGCCACGAGUCAUCCUACAGCGAAAGAGUACACUGUUGAUAUUGAGAUCAGUUUUGAAAAUGCCUCCUUCCUGGAUCCUAUCAAAGCUUACCUGAACAGCCUCAGUUUCCCAAUUCAAGGCAAUGACACUGACCCUGCUGCCAACAUUUUGAGCAUAGAGGUGACAACAGUCUGCAGACCUACUGGAAAUGAAAUCUGGUGCUCCUGCGAGUCAGGCUACAGGUGGCCUCAGGAACAGUGCCUUCACAAUCUCACUUGUCAAGAGCAUGACAAUGCCCCUGCAGGGCGUUGCAAUUGCCUUAAAGGGCUGCCUCCCAAUGGACCUUUUUGCCAGCUCCAGAGAGACAUAACCCUGAGAAUGUCAGUCAGACUCAACGUGGGCUUUCAAGAGGAUCUCAGGAACACUUCCUCUGCCCUCUAUAGGUCCUACAAGACUGACUUGGAAACAGCGUUCCGGAAAGGUUACAGUAUUUUACCUGGCUUCAAAUUGGUGACUGUGACAGGGUUCAGGCCCGGAAGUGUGGUCGUGGCGUAUGAAAUCAGAACUACAACACCAUCCCCUGGGUUAAUACCCAGAGCGAAUGAGCUGGUCACACAGAACCUCAACCAGACCUACAAAAUGGACUUCACUUCUUUCCAAGCAGUGACUAGUAAUGAAACCAGGUUCUUUGUCACACCAGAAAUCAUCUUUGAAGGGGAUACAGUAACUCUGGUGUGCGAAAACGACGUUCCGUCCUCCAACGUGUCCUGGCACCACGUGGGGAGGCACGCCAACAUCCAGAACGGCAGCCGGUUCUGGGUGUACACCACCGUACUCAACAACCUGACCUCCGUGUCGCGCCUCACCGUGUUCAACAUCACCCUGGGGGACGCGGGUGAAUAUAUUUGCAAACUGACCAUGGAUAUUUUUGAAUAUGAGUCCAGAAAAAAGAUUAAUGUGACCCCCAUCCGAAUUUUUGCAAUUGAAUACGUGAAGGUGACGUGUGACAACAGUCCCGUGUCCCUGAACUGCUGCAGUGAGAUCAAUGUGAACUGGAGUAAAGUGGAAUGGAAACAGGAGGGGGAGAUAACCAUUCCAGGAAUCUCCGAAGCAGACUCAGAGUCCAGCUGCAGCAGGUACACCCUCAAGGCUGACGGGAGUCAGUGUCCCAGCGGGUCGGCCGGAAGGACAGUCACCUACACGUGUGAGUUCAUCAGCUUCCACGGAGCCCGAGGCAGUAAGAACAUAGAAGUGACAUUCACAUCUGUGGGAGAUAAAUCCAGCCACAAAGGGGAAGUGAACGCGCUCCUGAGGCAUGUGAUGGAAAUGAGUACAGUUCAGAGCACCACCAGGAUCAGCCUAGAAACAAAUAAAGCCCAGGAGCAGCCAGCCAACUUAACAAUAACCCCGGACCCAAUUUCUGUUUCUGAGGGACAAAACUUUUCUAUAAAGUGCAUCAGUGAUGUGAGUAACUAUGAUGAGGUGUAUUGGAAAACUUCUGCUGGAAUUAAAAUCCACCAAAGGUUUUACACCACCAGGAGGUAUGCUGAUAAAGCGGAGUCAGUGCUGACGGUGCGGAGCGCGACAAGGGAGUGGAACGGAACCUAUCAAUGCAUAUUUAGAUAUAGGAAAUCAUACAGUGUCACCACCAAAGAUGUCACUGUUCACCCGCUGCCUCAAGAGUCAAACAUCAUGGUUGAUCCUUUGGAAGCUUCAAUUCCAUGCACAGGGUCCCAUCGCUUCAGGUGCUGCGUGGAGGAGGAUGAAGACUACAAAGUCACUUUCCAAGUGGACACCCUGACCUUUCCUGCUGCAAAAGAAGUUCAUGGAAAGCAAGCGUGUUACACAUUCAAUUUCAUGGCAAAAUCAAUAGUCUCCUGGUGUCCAAAACAUGUCAACGUGUUCUGCCACUUCACCAAUGCCGCUAAUAAUUCAGUCCGGAGCCGGUCUAUGAAGCUGAAUCUGGUGCCUGGAGAGAACAUCACAUGUCGAGAUCCCAUAAUAGGUGUGGGGGAGCCUGGGAAAGUGAUCCCGAAGCUCUGCCGGUUCUCAAACCUGUCCAGCAGCCCUGCGAGUCCUGUUGGCGGGGUCAUGACCUACAAAUGUGUGGGCUCCCAAUGGGAGGUGAAGAAAAGCGACUGCAUCUCUGCCCCAAUAAACAGCCUGCUCCAGCUGGCCAAGGCUUUGAGCAAGAGCCCCACUCAGGACAAGAAGCUGCCUACAUACCUGAAGGACCUUUCUGUCAGCACAGACAGGGUGGCACAUGAAGUCAGUUCAUCUCCGGGGAACCUGGGAGCCAUUGUUAACAUCCUUGAUUUGCUCUCAACAGUUCCGAUCCAAGUGAAUUCAGAAAUGAUGGUGAAUGUUCUUUCUACGGUCAAUGUCAUCCUCAACAAGCCCAUCCUGAGUACAUGGAAGGUGUUACAACAGCAACAGACCAACCACAGCUCACAGCUACUAGAUUCGGUGGAAAGAUUUUCCCGAGCAUUACGGUCAGAAGAUAGCACCGUUUUGCCCAUCUCCCACACUAACGUGCAGAUGAGGGGCAUGGUAAUAAAAUCUGGCUCUCCAAAACCCUACAAACAGGAGUUUGUUUUCUCAGACUCCGACCUCUGGGGCGAUGUGACUAUUGACGAGUGCCAUGUGGAGAACCUGCAGCCAGACACAUCUAUUGUCACCGUGGCUUUCCCAACUCUCAAAACCAUCCUCGCCCAGGAUACUCAGGGGAAGAAUUUUGCCAACAGCUUAGUGAUGACAACCACUGUCAGCCACAAAAUAACCGCUCCAUUCAGGAUUUCAAUGACUUUUAAGAACAACAAGUCCUUAGGUGGGAAACCACAAUGUGUCUUCUGGAACUUCAGCCUCGCCAACUAUACAGGAGGGUGGGAUAGCAGUGGGUGCUAUACGAAAGUCGAUGGGGACAGUGUCUCGUGCAGCUGUGACCACCUAACAUCUUUCUCCAUCCUCAUGUCUCCUGACUCCCCGGACCCUGAUUCUCUCCUGAAAAUACUGCUGGAUAUCAUUUCCUACAUUGGGUUGUGCUUUUCCAUCCUGAGCUUAGCAGCCUGUCUAGUUGUGGAAGCUGUGGUGUGGAAGUCAGUGACCAAGAAUCGGACUUCCUAUAUGCGUCACAUCUGCAUAGUGAACAUUGCAGCCUCCCUUCUGGUUGCUGACAUCUGGUUCAUUGUGGCCUCCACCAUCCGGGAUCAUCACUAUGUACUCAAUGAGACAGCUUGUGUGGCUGCCACCUUCUUCAUCCACUUCUUCUACCUCAGCGUCUUUUUCUGGAUGCUGACUCUGGGCCUCAUGCUCUUCUACCGCCUGGUUUUCAUCCUGCAUGAUUCAAGCAAAUCCAUUCAGAAGACUAUUGCAUUUUCUCUCGGCUAUGGCUGCCCUCUUAUCAUCUCCGUCAUCACAGUGGGUGCCACGCAGCCUAGGGAAGUCUACACGCGGAAGAAUGCCUGUUGGCUCAACUGGGAGGAUACCAAGGCUCUGUUGGCCUUCGUCAUCCCAGCGCUGAUCAUCGUGGUGGUGAACAUGACCAUCACGGUUGUGGUCAUCACCAAGAUCCUAAGACCUUCCAUUGGAGACAAGCCCAACAAGCAGGAGAAGAACAGCCUGUUUCAGAUCACCAAGAGCAUUGGGGUCCUCACACCACUCUUGGGGCUCACCUGGGGUUUUGGUCUCGCCACUGUGUUCCAGGGAAGCAGUGCUGUGUUCCAUAUUGUGUUUACCCUCCUCAAUGCCUUCCAGGGACUAUUCAUUCUGCUCUUUGGGUGCCUCUGGGACCAGAAGGUACAGGAAGCUUUGCUGAAAAAGUUUUCUCUGUCAAGAUGGUCUUCACAGCACUCCAAGUCAACAUCCCUAGGUUCGACGACACCUGUAUUUUCUAUGAGUUCUCCGAUAUCAAGAAGAUUUAACAAUUUGUUUGGUAAAACAGGAACCUACAAUGUUUCCACCCCAGAAACAACCAGCUCAUCCUUGGAAAACACAUCCAGUGCUUAUUCGUUGCUCAACUAAGAACAAGAGAAUCCAACCCAUGUGACUCUCGGGGAGCAGUGGCUGUGCUCUGAAAAAGAGGUCCUUUCAAAGCCCUGGGAAACGCAUCCUCUCCACAGGCUUCUGGGAGCUGAUGCCGAAGAGACCUUUUCAGUAGGGAAGAGCCUUUCUUGUGUAAAGAGGGAUGAAAAGUAAUUGUUCCAUUUAUUUUGCUGCCCCACCCCCACCCUUUGUGUGAUAGCAAAUGUGUAUAGUAUUUAAGUGAAACUCAACUUUCCCAAAGCCCAACUCUCUGUCUAUAUUGUAAAAUAGAAUUUCAAGGAGACAUUUUCACUUUUCACGUUGGCCACAAAGAUAAGCUUUCAUUAAAAUAAGAAGUAAAAAUGCUAGUACCUAGGAAAUACUUUAGUGAAUUCAAGAAAGGAAGGAAAAGAAGGAAGGAAGGAAGGGAGGAAGGAAGGAAGGAAGGAAGGAAGGAAGGAAGGAAGGAAGGAAGGAAGGAAGGGAAAAAUAGAGAGAAACAACAUUAAGAACCACAUUUUCAGAUUUCCAUGUUCAUGAUCCAACACAAUUACUAGACAAUACAACAUUGAGACUUAAGAGGUGGCUCAAAAAUGGAAACUAAAAGAAAGCCAUGGAAAAAGUUUAAUACCUCCCUGGUAUUUUCUUAGCAAAGAGGGGGGGGGGGAAGAAGUGUGGGGGGAGAAAUAGAGAGUAAAUUACAUCAUCAGAAUGCUUUCAAGUGGAUAAUAAUAUUGACCAGAAAUUGCAUGGAAGGGGACAUGAUCCUACACAUCUAUUUUUUUUGUGGAGGUUUGAGCUAAGUGGAAUGAAUAUGCAAAGGAAGUGUGGUAAGCAUCCUUUGUCUGAUCCAAGCAAGUCCAACUGCUGAUUAUAUUUUUAUAGUUUAUAGUUUUUUUUAUAGCUUAUCAGAAAAGCCUUAUGUUUUGGUUUGUUCCACAUUUUGAAAGCAAAAAAAAAAAAAUGCGUGUUUUUUUUUUAUCCAUUAAUUGCCAAAUGUGAUAUAUUGCACUGAAAACAGAUCCCAAUUGUCAUAUAUUAUAUGUAACAGCUUCCAGGUACUUCUCUGUGCAUUAUAGACUAGAUUUUAAUAAUCUAAAGCACUGUGUAUUACUGUUAUUGUUACUGUGGAUCUAGUGGGCUUUGGUGUGUUGUGUAGCUCUCUAUGUAUUAACGCUCUCAGUCUUUAAGUCUCCAGACCAAUAUACAUGUAGAGUUCUGUACAGUGUAACUUGUGUUCAUUCCAACCACUUGGAAAUCUUCCGGAAAGUUCUACAGCUGGCUAGUCCAAGCUCUCACUGGCACUUCCCCUUGAUGAACAGAUGGUGGAGGUUUUCCCAAGAAUUUGAUUAUUUGUGAUUUGUGUGUGUCCGUGCCUUUCAUACAAAUACAAAUAUUUAUUAAAUUUGCAUCCUUAUUAAAGUCAACCAUGUGCUGCAGCUACAGCAACCAUAUAUUCCAACCAAAGUCAUCAUGAGACAAUAAAAUGUGGGACUACCUGGGAAAUGGGGGCCAGGCGCUCCUCAUUCAGACCAAGGACCUGCCCACCAGGAAGAUAGGACAAAAGGGGCUGAAUGCAAGAACCAUUAGUUUAUCAAGGUUCGAAAGAGUUUUCUUUUAAAAUUUUAACUCAUUAAAAAUCUCUUUCUUUUAA